GAAAAAGAGAGUUUGAGUGUAUCUUUUGCCGUUGAACUGCCUGGAAUGCCAGUAGAUAGAGAUGGCUCGCUCUUCUGGAUACAGGGCCGACAGCCCAAUCUCUACCAGUAUUGAAGUUGACGAUUACGACGAACACAAUGACUAUGAGUACGAUGACCCUAAACGCCGCAUCUCAAACAUCACAGCAACGUCCAUCUCUUCGUUUCCAGACUCGGCUUGGCCUUCUGACUCUGACGUACCCGGUCCUCACUACUCGACUUCGAAGCCUCGACCCACGUACCGCGUAGGAAGUCUACGUCGGUCACCUCUGCCCAACGAGCGUCUAUCCCCGUCCUCGCUAUGGCCACCGAAACACACAUCUCGUCGCCCCAGGAGCAGAGGAGAAGGUGCUCGUCCUAGAAGCAGGGGAGAAGAUGCAAUCCAUCAUGAGGCCCCGCAAGAAACACAACCCGCACCACUAGUCCUGCUGCACGUCACAGUUCUGCCUCCGCGUCUACCCUGGAACCGCACUGUUCUCGACGUGGUCUUGCCAUCAGAGCUGAAACACCAGUUCGGUGUGCUCCGAGCUGCUACUUCGGGCUUGAUCUCCCAACGAGGCAUCCUCAUCGCCCAUCCCAGGGAAGAAUUCGAACUUUUGGAAGAGGGUGUGCUUGAGACUCUGGACCUGCUUCCCGAACGCAUUGGCUAUGAUGGACAAUACAGACCCCGGACACCCAACACUGUCUUGGAAGGCGAAGAGGACGAGGAAGAAGACAUAGAAGUCAAGACUUGCAACACCUGCCUGCGAGUUCACAUAGGCAACACAGGAGGCUGGCUCACUCGAACGUACGCUGCCAAUGGCCUCAUGAGAGCUGGCGCAUGGUCGGCGUGCUGGUCCGAGAUGGAAAGAGUUGAUGUCGAGGUCCGACCUUGCAUACCGGAACACGUCUGUCGCCAGCUGGAAGACGUCCAGGCAGCUGAGGAUAACGAUGCCGAGAGAAAAGGCCACGAUCAAUCCGUUCAACCGAUUCACGAAAUGCAAACGACAGAGGCGCCCAAGCAGCAGGAGAAAGCCUUGCUGCCGUCAUCACCCCUAGACACAGCGCUGGUGAUAAUCCAACCACGAUCCAACCAAGAAGCUCAAUCUAUCCCGUUGAAGACCCCUGAUGAGGUAUCCACCCAUUACAACGACCUUCCGCCCAUUUACCAGCCCAAGGAUGUCCCAUUGGGUCUUCUUCUACGCAACUACCUCUACCUCAUACUGCGAGAUCGCCGGAACCUGGCCAUCUCAUUCCUCAUUUUGACUUUGCUGGUAUCUACUUCCUACGGCAUGUUGGCCUCACAGGGCUUCAAGAAAAACAGCGUCAGCAUGUUCGAGGGCAAAGUUGAAGUUGUCAGUGAGCCGCUGCCACUGUCCACGUCGUCCCGAGUCGAUGUUGGCCACGGCAAGAGACAUCCGAUGUGGACUGGAAAGGUCGAAAUGUGGGACAGUUCGAAACCUAACGAGCUGAACCAAGCCAGCGAGAUGCCAACUACAGGAGACCAAGGCAAUGAGGACUACUCAUUCCAAGAAAUCGUUGAUCGCGCGGUCAGAUCUACUACUGAGGCUCCUGCAUCCGAUAUCAGCGCUACCACAGCCCUCGCUAUCCCAAGCUCCCCACCAGUGCUGGAGAGAGCAAUUUCCAGCCUGGACGCAGUAGAAGACGUCUCCGCCACCUCACCCAUUCCAGCAUUGCUACCACUGCUCCAAGGCACGAUUGACUAUUGCCCUGCCACAAGCCUCUAAAAGACUUGGACCAACCCCCAAAACCCCCAGACUGUUUGGUUUCUUCUUUCUUUUCACUCUUCUGCAAGAGUAACCAGCGAGCGAGCGAUGUUUGAUUGUUUGCCCUUUAUUUUCAUAUACCUUUUCGCUUUUGUUUCAACUUUCUCGGGCGUUGGAUUGAAGAUUGAGAUGAUACAUGAUGGAGGAUUACAGAAUGUGUUUUGAUGAGAGAUGAUGAUGAUGUAUAUAGUAAUGCAGAGUAGAAAGAAACAAACCGGAUACGCACACGAGAUAACCCUGUUUCUAUGUUUUGUGAUUACCUUCUGUAGCAUUCCUCUAGAGCUUCAGUCUGCGUAUAAAACUCUGCAAUAACGUGCUGAGAAUCGUAUCCCCCCAGUGUCUGUGGUCUGGACAGAAGCUCUUCUCUUUGGAUAGUACUCCUCUUGACAUGGCGGUAUCAGGUCCAUGGGUGAUAU